UAUAAAUAUCAGGCGCUUGUUCAGCACCAACUAAUCCAAGGUUGUUUCUUCUAACAUUUCUUGAUCAAUGGAACGAGUAAGGGAUCUGGCAUCGAAGAAAGCGGCAGUGAUUUUCACGAAGAGCUCGUGUUGCAUGUGUCAUAGCAUCAAGACUCUCUUCUACGAGCUAGGGGCAAGUCCUGCGGUCCAUGAACUCGACAAGGACCCACAAGGCCGAGACAUGGAACAAGCCCUCUUUGGGGCCUUCGGCUCUACUCAGGCUGUCCCGGCGGUUUUCAUAGGUGGGAGGUACGUCGGCUCAGCUAAAGACAUCAUCUCCUUCCACGUGAAUGGCUCGCUCAAGCAAAUGCUAAAGGACUCCAAAGCAAUUUGGUUGUGAUUAAUUACUGUUAAUUCGCUUACAUAUCGUGAUCAAUGAUAUAUUUAUAUAAGUUUAAACUUUAAACUAUACAUUGUGGGGAUGUGUCUUAAAUGCUGGCACUAUGAAAUAAAAUGUUAAUAGAACCA